AUGGAUGCAAAUUCAGUUAAAAGCAUAAAACAGAUAGAAGGAAGAAAAGGAAAGGAUGGAUAUCUGCUACUUGAACUAAGUGAUGAAACAGAGAGUGAGAAAUGGUUCCAAGCCGCAAAAAUGAAGAUGUUAAAAAUUAAUGAUAUUCUUCCAAAUGUGCCAAUGAUAUAUGAUAAGGAACAACCGGCAAACGUGGAUGACGUCGUGAAUACCCCAGUUGUGGUCGAUUCAAACGAUGAUGGAACAGUCGCCCAGGAACUGGAACUGGAGCAAAUGAGGAGUACAUUGGAUGAGGCGAUUUUGGAAACGCGCAGUAUGCCUCUAAAAUCUACCGCGACUUCCCCGCAUAGCCCUCAGCAAGCGGAAUCGGGCUAUCGUGAGGGCUCUGAACCCAAUGAUGGUGACCUAUUUGGAAGCCAACCGGGACCUUUGCGAGACGGAUUCAAUUCUCUUUGGCCCGCACUGGCUAAAAAAGUAGUGCUAUCCCAGCCUGGAGAACAAGAAUUGAAGAACGUAUCGCAAAGGCUAGGGCCCUCAUCGGCAGACUGA